CAGGGACCUAGAUCUGGGGUCGGUCAAACAAGCAUAACAAUCAAUUUCUAUGCUCCGUAAGUGGAAAAAGAUGUAAAAUUUUAUCUAAAUUAUGACCAUAAAGACAGUGCAUACUUUAGUGUUGAACAGGUCUGACAAGCCCUGCGACCAUGGGUUUUCAAUAAACUUAGAGCCAGGAUUGCACCAGUUUGGGUCUUAUUUCAUUUUUCGGCAGCGUGUACUCUUUCAUAUUUAAAUUUGAUACUACAGCCAAAAACAGCGGACAAACAUUUUGUAAAACGUUUAUUAUGCUACUAUUUAUUGCGAAGUCGGGAGAAACUUUUACAUUUACGCAUAACCGUGAACACAACUCCCAGUCUGUUACGUAGCUCGUCAGUCACGUGCACGUCGGCCUGUUAAAUUCCAUUCCGUGCGAACCCGUGCAAGUUUUAAUACUGGCCUGAAGAUGACCGGAGCAUGGACUAAGUGUAAAUCCGUGCUGGUAACGGGUUCAAGCAGAGGAAUAGGUCUGCAACUGGUGAAGGAACUGGCGGAAAGGAGCGACAGACCCGCGAGGAUCAUAGCGACGGCGCGCGACCCCGCGAGCUCCACGGCUCUUCAGGAGAUCUCCAAGGCCUAUCAAGGUGUUCACAUGGUCACACUAGAUGUGAACAGUCAGGAGAGCAUCAGCUCAGCCGUACAGGAAGUCCAGUCCAUCGUAGGGAGUGAAGGCCUCAGCUGUCUGAUCAACAACGCCGCCAUCAACAUCUCUACUGAUCUAAACACCGUCACCCCAGACGCCAUGAUGACGACGUUUCAGGUCAACAGCGUUUCACCGCUGUUUGUCACGAAGGCCUUCCUGCCUCUGCUGCAGACUUCUGCGUCUCAGUCCACAGGGAUGGGACUCCACAGAGCAGCCGUCAUCAACAUCUCCUCCAUCCUCGGUUCCAUCCAGGCCAACUGGGGCGAAACCGCUGCGUUUAAGGCCUACGCCUAUCGCACCUCCAAGGCGGCGCUGAACAUGUUGACCCGAUGUCUGGCUGUUGAUCUGGGGCCAAAGGGCAUCGUCUGCAUGUCUCUGCACCCGGGGUGGGUCAAGACUGACAUGGGAGGUCCCCUAGCUGAACUGACAGUGGAGGAGAGCGUCUCUGGGAUGUUGUCUGUCCUGUCCACUCUGUCAGAGGACGACAACGGAGGAUUCAAGGACUACCGCGGACACACGUUACCGUGGUAACACCUGGAUAUCUGCAGGCGGAGCUCCAUGAUUCACACCCUGUGGUUUAUUGUGGCUUUUAAUGAGUGACUCAUACAUUUAUAGAUGUGACUGUUACUGAUUUUUUUUCUAUCCUCAUCAACCUGAGACAAAGCAUGAGUCAAAAAUAGUCUUCUUAACUUCAGGUCAAUGCCAUGUACACGCCAGUGUGUCUGUCUGUAAAUAAUUGCAGGCGCUUUAGUUCACCCCAUGCAUUUGUGAUUUAUUCCAUUAAUUAUUCACUGUUAAGUCACUAAAGUGUGUCCAGUAUUGUUCUAUUAAACUCACAUGAUCCUUCUGCACAUGCUCAAUUCCAUCCAGGUCAAAACUGGAUGUUUCAGCAAAUAAUGAAACACAUCCAGGACAUGAUAUGAUGAAACUGACAAUUAUUUAGUUGGGUUAUUUUUUCUUGUUAAUAAAAGAAUGAAAUCAUU